GUUGAUAAACCAAAAUAUUCGAACACAUUUCAUUUUUGUUUCAUUUAAAUUAAAAAUAAUCGUGUAUUUGUGAAAGAUGGUGACAAAAAUGUUGCAAGAUGAUAAAACUUUAGAGGACGUUAAAAUACGUUCCAUGAACUGCGAAUUAAAUCCAUUGACCAGGGCUGAUGGUUCGGCUUUAUUUGCCCAAGGUGGCACAUGUGUUCUGGCCUCAUCGCUGGGACCUGUUGAAGUAAAAUUACAACAUUUGAAAAUUGACAAGGCUUAUGUAGAAUGUAUAUAUCGUCCCAAGGCCGGUUUGCCCACAAUACGUGAUAAAAUGCGUGAAGCUAUUAUUAAGGACACAUGCGAAGCAGCUUUAUUGUCAGCCUUACAUCCCAGGACAAUGAUUUCCGUACAGCUUCAGGAAUUAGAUGAUAGAGGAGGUUUGGAUGCUUGUGCUAUUAAUGCCGCCUGUAUGGCUCUAGUUAUUGGUGGAGUACCCAUGAAAUUUACAGUUGCCGCUGUUCACUGUAUCAUUGAUAAAGACGGCCAAUUAAUUUUAGAUCCCGAUCAAUAUCAAUCCAAAGACAGUCGUGCCAGCUUUACAUUCGUUUUUGAUUCCUUGGAACGUGACUUGGUGACGGUACAUAGUUCGGGUUGUUUUAAAAUGGCUCAUUUCAAUGAUGCUCAUUUAAUGUGUCGGGCUGCUAGUGGCUUAAUAUUUGAAUUUUAUCGCAAAAUAAUGACUAAAUUUCAUAAUAAAACAUGUACUGGUGAGGAGAAAAAGUCUGCAGAAAGUAUGGAAGAAUAAAAGAUGUUUUCUUUUUUUAACGUAACAA